AUUAGACGAGUUUUUCAUCAUUUGAUGUUCUCACGAAAUACCGGCACCACUGUAGCCAUGCACCCAGCAAAUACCGAGGGGCUUUAGGUACUUGUCGUAUCUUUUUAUUUCUUUCUUGCUGUCGCGAAACACACUGCACGUCCAGCUCGGGAUUCCGCAGGCAAAAUGGUUCUAGCACUCACUCGGGCGGUAAGGCCUCGUGAGGUAACGGAAGUUAUGAUGGCCAUGGGCAACGAGGCGGGCGGCGUGUGGACUGCAACUGGAUUCCCAACACUAAUGGCACCAUCUGUCAUGUUUCCCGCUCGUCGCGUGCGGAUACCCGGACCCGGCGUAGUCAAGCGGCAAUUCCUUAUUGCGCGGCUCGUGGGCAGGCUUGGCGGGAAGCCGUCGAUGCUCAUCUACACCGACGGAUCCUGCUUUUAUGAUGCCGAGAGGCACCACAUCUCACGAGGCGGUUGCAGCUUCGUCUUCAAUACGACUCAAGACGGUACGAUAAGCUUUCCCUUGGAGGAUAAGGGACCUGAUGGCUCGGAACGCCCCCACACCAGUAACCGCGCCGCGCUUCGCGCCGUCAUCGGCGCCCUCAAAUAUCGAGACUGGCCGGCCGAAAACUGGCGGCGUGUUGUCAUAGGCACUGAUUCCGCCUACGUGACCAGGGGCUCGACGAUGUGGAUACGCAGUUGGGCCCAAAGAGGAUGGCUUACGCCGGGUAAAUCGCCGGUUUCUAACCAGGACCUCUGGAGAGAGCUGUCGGCAACCUUCGGACAGUACGCAAAGGCCGGCUGCGAGGUGUCGUUCAUGGCUAUAACGAGAGAACAGAACAUCUCGGCCGACGCUGCGGCUAAGGUUGCCGUCGACACGGUUAACAAGACGCCUUUGGACUCAAAAUCUGUGCAUCGGACCAAGAAGAAGCUCAAAGACGGGCCAACCAUAAAACAGGACCGUCCGAUCUGACUCUGGCCAAAUAAAAUCCACUGUCGGAAUAGAAUCUCUGUUGGUCAGACGGUAUCGGCCGUUCAACCGAACUUGCCUGGUAGUGUUUGGUUCAUGGCCAGCUCGAUUCGUACCAGAACGGAACCUGCCGGCCAGGCCCAGCUCUCCUCGGAGAUGACCCGCGAUAUCGCGCAGGCUUCGAAUCUGAACGUGAGGGGGGGCAGCAGAUGUCCGCCAGGAGUAGUAUGAGUAGAUAGAUCUCUACGGAUGAUGGGGGGUUCACAUCGAAAGCUUUCAGGCCCAAAGAGCUACGGCUAAUAUAAAUCCACUUACACCUGAUUUCCGGCGCCGCUGUGGAACAACUGAGUGCGCCUAUUCUCCCCCUUAAUCGCUACCACAUCCUGUACUGGAUGCUGACGAAGAUUCGAUUAACGAUAGAUAUUCAUCUAGCCUGACUGAUUUUCAUAUCCUGCAUAUCCAAGAGACAAUUCAGAUCGUCGGUACCCCGCCCGCCCGGAUCGACUCGCUUCUGUUCUCUCUUUUUCUCU